UAUAGAAACCGGGCUCUACAUUGAACAAUAUCUUUUCCUUCUUUCUUUAAGAGCUCUAGUAGCAUUAUUUGUUAUAAAAUAUCUCUUAUGCCUAACAAUUCCACUUCCUUCCGUCCCCUCCCUCGCCACAAGCAAACAUCCUUCGCAAACUCAUCUUAAAGGUCGAAAACAGAGAAGGCAAAAAGCAGAGCAAGCAUGAGAAAACUCAUGCUUCUCUUCCUCGCAAUCCUUCUCUAUCAAUCCAAACCCUCCAUAUCCAAACCUUCACCGCCACCCCUUCCCGUCCUCCCCGUUCCGUCUUCCUCGCAGCUCAAAUGGCAGCGGCGCGAGAUCAUAAUGUUCUACCACUUCGGCAUCAACACCUUCACGGAUUCCGAGUGGGGCACCGGCCACGAAAGACCCUCCAUCUUCAACCCCACAGCCCUCAACACCACCCAAUGGAUCUCCGCUGCUGCCUCCCUCGGAGUCUCCCUCGUCAUCCUCACCGCCAAACAUCACGACGGAUUCUGCCUUUGGCCCUCGCGGUACACCCACCACUCCGUCGCCUUCAGCCCGUUGCAGGGCGGCAAGGGAGACGUCGUCCGUGACUUUGUAGCGGUGGCUCGUGCUCGCGGCAUCGACGUCGGGCUCUAUCUAUCGCCAUGGGAUCGCCAUGAGAAGAGCUACGGCCUAAACGUGCCCUACAAUGAGUACUACUUGGGUCAGCUCUACGAGCUGCUUGGCAAUUACGGAAGCAUAUCGGAGAUAUGGUUCGAUGGGGCCAAAGGGGCGAACGCGACCAACAUGACUUAUUACUUUAAAGAUUGGUUCGGGAUGACGAAGCAGAUGCAGGGGUCGAUUAAUAUCUUCUCUGACGCCGGGCCGGAUUUGAGAUGGGUCGGCGAUGAGAAAGGGGCGGCAGGGGAAACCUGUUGGUCGCCGAUCAAUCGCACCAGACUUCGAAUCGGAGACGCAAGCCUUGAGAGCUACCUCAACACCGGCGAUCCGAAAGGAACCGAUUGGAUCCCCCCAGAAUGCGACGUUUCAUUAAGGCCAGGAUGGUUCUGGCACGCCGCCGAGAAACCAAAACCGCUCAACCAACUCAUCGACAUAUAUUUCAAGUCCGUCGGCCGCAACUGCGUGCUUCUGCUCAACGUGCCGCCCAACACCACCGGCCUUGUAUCCAACUCCGACAUAAACAGGCUUCACCAGUUUCGCUCCGCAAUUGAUCAAAUCUUCAAUAUCGACUUGGCCCGAAACAGGACCGUGAAGGCCAGCAGCGAAUGGGGAGGCGAGCACGGCGGCUUCACGGCCGGUAAUGUGGUGGACGGGGACGAGGAGACGUAUUGGACGCCGGAAGAGGAGGAGAAAGAGGGAGGGUAUUGGAUCGAGCUACGAGGGCUGAACAGGACGGAUAAGUUUAACGUGGUGAGGAUACAGGAGAUGAUAACAAUGGGGCAGAGGAUUAGGAGGCAUGAGAUUUAUGUUGAUGGGAAGGUGGUGGUGGGGAAUGGAACGACGGUGGGGUACAAGAGGCUGCACAGACUCGAGCGGCCGGUGGGGGCUAAGAAGGUGAGGAUUUGGAUACCGGAGUCUCGCGGGCCGCCGUUGAUUUCCGCGGUUGGUUUGCAUUUUGAUCCAUUUAAGCCGUGGAUUUCAACAAACGCAAUGUAGAUGGCAUUAUGUGAUGUCAGUUGGAGAAGCUCAUGGUUGCUUUGGAGCUAAAUGGGGAUCGGUUUUGUGUGAAGGGAAUAGAUGAGAGAUUGAAGAGUUGGGGCAAAGCCGGAAAAGAGGCUGCCAUGGAGGACUUGCUUGGGAAGAAGAAGAUAGCCAUUGUUGAUCAUGUGUAUUGCUUGAUUGUAGGGAUGAGUUUACAGAGAAUUGUUAUGAGGGAUUUCUUAUUUGUGGUGUUUUGAAUAAAAAUUUCGGAUUUAUAAGCAGUGAUGCUCCACUAAAAUUGAGUGGGGGAAAAUAA